CGAAGCACGAUGAAGAAUAGAGCGUCGGUCGUUAACGAGGGGGGUUGCUCGUCCUCGAGGAUGAUGCGGCGUGGUGUGUGCAAGUGGUUCGUUCCCGGCCGGUCCGAUCAACGUGUGACACGGUGCGUCGUCAACGUAAAUAGACGUGGAGGUGGCCGGUGGCAUCGGUGCCACCGGUUGCCACUUUGCGGGUAAAGCGUGCACACGAUCAUUGGACGCAUGCGCACUACCGUUAUGUCAGUUUAUAGAGAGGCCGAGUACACCCCCUCUUUCACCCGUGCACCCUUCGCCUGUCCAUCGAUGCGUUCUCCUAACCAACCCGAGUGGGGGUAGAGCUCUCCUCUCCGCGGGCUAUCCUCUAGGAGGAUAUCAAACUCAGUCGCAAAGCGUACGUUCGCGCGUGUGUUCGUUUGCGGGUUUCCCUUGUUCAAAGACAAAACUUGCUUGCUUGCUUUGCUUGCUCGUCGCGUGACUUUCGUCGUACUUCAACGCGCUCCUCGCCGGAUUCGAUUUGUGCUUUCGUUUCCAGUUGGAACGGUUCGUUUAUCCAUGUGAGUGGUGAAACGUCGAACAAUCUCCCUAUAGAUAGUGACUUGUUGAACUUAUUAUUACGAAAUGAGGAGCACGUGGAUUUCCGGUGACAUAGCCGAGGAUCACGAUGAGUGUACUGCACGAGAGAAACCUUGAACUUGAAUCGCUGAAGAUCGUCGAGGCCUCGCUAUCUUAACGACUUGUUCUCAUCGACGUGUCAAAAUCGUGAACAGCCCCGGAAGUGACAGGACAGACAGAGGGUAUAGCCGCGACCACCGAUGGCGGCCGCGAGCUUUCCGCCAAACUUCUCGAACGUCGGCAUAUUGGAGAACUGCGCCGGCAUGGAGGCGGCGAACGGUGCGAUCGAGCACGACUUUCACAAUGCUUUGGUGCCUAUAAACGGUAGCCAUUCAGGCAGCUCCGGGAGGAGUACACCGAAUGGCGGCGACCCAGCACCCGGCAAACUCUUCGUGGGUGGCUUGUCCUGGCAGACCAGCAGCGAGAAACUCAGGGAGUACUUCGGCAUGUUCGGUACCGUCACCGAUGUCCUGAUCAUGAAGGAUCCGGUUACACAGCGUAGUCGCGGCUUCGGUUUCAUCACAUUCGCCGAGCCCGGUAGCGUGGACAAGGUGCUGAAGUGUCCAAUCCAUACGUUGGACGGGAAGAAGAUCGACCCGAAGCACGCGACGCCAAAGAAUCGCGCGAAACAGGCUAAUCGGACGAAGAAGAUCUUCGUUGGUGGUGUGAGCCAGGACACGAGCAGCGACGAAGUGAAGGCCUACUUCAACCAAUUCGGCAAGGUGGAGGAGACGGUGAUGCUGAUGGAUCAACAGACGAAACGGCACCGCGGCUUCGGAUUCGUCACGUUCGAGAACGAGGACGUGGUCGACCGCGUGUGCGAGAUCCAUUUCCACACAAUCAAGAACAAGAAGGUCGAGUGCAAGAAGGCACAGCCGAAGGAGGCAGUCCAGCCGGGCGCGUUGACCCUCGGCAAGAGGGUGGUGUUGGGGGCGCUUGGGGUCAGGCUGGCGCCACAGCCCCCCCUACCGGUCGCCGCGGCCUCGCAGAUCGUCGCGGCACAGGCCCAGGCCCAGGUGCAAGCGGCCGCGGCCGCGGCCGCGGCCGCCCAGGUCCAGAACGCCGUGGCCGGAUACGGGAAACUGUUCGCCAGCAGUUACCCGGCCCUCUCCGCGUACCGUUACGCACCCUACCCGAUCCCGGCGGCGGCGGUCGCCGCGGCCGCGGCCGCGGCAGCCCCGGCCCCCGCUCCGGCCCCGCCCGCGGCCGCCGCCGCCGCAGCCGCCGCGGCGGCAGCCACCCCCGCGGCAGCGGCCGCGGCCGCCGCGGCGCCCGCCAACCCCUACCAAGGCUACUCGCUCACCAACGUCGACAUGUCCAGCUUCCAGGGCGUCGACUGGGGCUCCAUGUACGGAAUGGGCAUGUACGUUUAAACGUACGUUCUUUUUUUUCUUUUUUUUUUUUUUUCGGCGGUCGGCUUUUCUUACCUCUGAGACUCUAUAUAUAUAUAUGUAUAAUAUAUAUAUAUAUAUAUUAUACACGCGACUUCGACAGCAAUGAUGUGUAUUAUAUUGUGCGACUAUCUCGAUCUUAGCGCCGACCAAGUGUCCGCUGUCUCUUCCUCGUUCAUCUCAUCUCGAUGGACGAGUUUCUCGGUUCCCUUCUCCCUUCCUCCCCUCCCCUCCCUCCCAUCUGCUUCGCGACUUCGUCUUCCUGUGCGUAAAUUGUGUAAACGGGGCGGACGUCUUGAUAGAUGAUCACGAUGCGCACGAUUUUUUUUUUUUGUGUUUUCUUCUUUUUCUUUUUUUUUUUUUUCCUUUUCGUUUUUUCCACCGUCCUUCCCCGCCGUACCACGCUUCCCCCACCCGAUACCCCUUGUUCUCGCUUAUCUCGCUUUAGACGCGAGCGGACGACGUCUAAUUUGUCCGAGGAUGCGUGUUCGUUGGUUGUUCGAAGAAGGAUGAGACGUCGAAAGCGGUGGGGUGCGAAGGAAAAGGAGAAGAGAGCGGUCACACGCAGUUUGAGAGGAGGGAGUGUCGGAAGCGUGUCAGAGUCUGAAACAGCAGGGCCAACGAGGGGAGAAGGUUCUCUCUUCGUUGCCCUGAAUUUCGAAGUCAUUCUUCUUACGUUUUUUGCCACUUGUCAUUAUAUCGCUUUUCGUCGAUUAAUUUAUUAGCCUGAGUGCGAGAAUAAAGUUAGGAGAAUAUUAUAUACAUAUGCAUGUGUGUGUGCAUGUGUGAAAGAGAGAAAGUCGCGCGUAAUGAUGAUCGCAUAGCAUAUUUUUAUUGCGAUGUAACACGAUUGAUUCGUUUACGAAUUUUCUUUCCUUUUUUUUUUUUCGUUUCUUUCUUACUUUUAUUUCUUCGUAUAUAUAUAUAUAUAUAUAUGUGUCUAUAUAUAUAUAUAUAUUUUUUUUAUUUCGUCCAUUUCUAUCGUUUCACGCGCUUCGCGUUUUUCACCGCAUUCGGUUCCUAGUUAGAUUAGCACACCCAACCUCCACCAACACGAUAAGCGCGGCAUAUUCGUUCGACCGCGCCCACCCCGUACAGUAAUUAAUUACUUAAUUAAUUAAGCGAUAUCGACGGUCGAUUCGUGACCGUCGUCUCACUCUCAAGGAUCUCGACCAUGAAGCAAUAAAACAGGGGAGGAUAGAAUGAGAAACAGAGAUGAGAUAUAGAGGGCAAAGAAAUUGGAUGUAUUACGCCAUGAACGACCUCGAAAAUCGAUUAAACGAGGAUCCGUUCGCUCUUGCUUUUUUCCUUUUUCUAACGAAAAUUUCUUUCCAAAAUCAUCCUAUAAAUAUAUAUAUAUAUAUAUUUAUAUAUAUAUAUAUCUCUCUCAUUCUUCGACUUCCAUUAAGCCAUUCUUGGCAAACUCCCAAAAAGACGCAAGCACGCGGGAACGUAACGCGAUUCGCGGCACACGUAUAUACACAACCACACCCCUUCCACUCCUCCUAGAACGAGAGGCAGUUCUCCUGUUUGUCUCGCGACAUACUCCUCCUCCGCCUCGGUCAACAAAGUGCCAAAAAAACGAAGUUUGUUCGUCUCUCUAUUUUCUUUCUCUCUCUCUUUCUCCUUCCUCUUCUCUCUCUCUUUCUCCUACCUCUUCUCAUAUCUCCUCGACUUUAAAUUUUUUUUCCUUCUCCUUCCUUUUCCACCUUGUGUAUUCCCGCGUAUUGAUGCGUUCUCGCGCGCUUUCGUUCGAAGCAAACGGCUGUUCGUGUCGCGGUCACACACAGUCGCAAACAGUCGCACGGUCAACCAACCACGCGUACUCAUACUAGUAGGGAGAAGCAGAUAUAACGGCGUGCAAGCAUAUAUCGACACAGAUAUAAUAACCACGUAACAGACGUAGACGGGACGCGUCUAAAUAAGAAUAGCGCAUAGGUAUACAUAUAUUUUUCUUCGAGUAACGGAAGACAAUAUUUCUCCAAUUGCGCGCGAAUAAACACGAGCAAAACACGACAUCGCGACGUAGAAAGAGAGAAAGAGAGAGAAAGAGAGAGAGCGUGUAUGCGCGCGUGUGUGUGAGAGAGAGAAUGAGAAUGAGAAUAAGAGUGAGAAAAAGAGAGAGAGAGAGACAAAUACAUUUCUAAGGGAUACUCGUUUCUAGGUUAUAUUAGAGGUCGCGAGUAAUAACGCGGCAAAAUGCGGUAAACAGGAACCCAAGAUUGAGAUUAGCUCAGCGUGUUAUAUUAAGCGAUUUUUAGUUCGUAAGUUUGAAACAGAUUUAAGAUAGACUUUUAAGGCGUUCGUAUAAUAAAAACGAAUCGAUACUUAAUUUAUACGUAUCCGUGGGCAUCGUGUUCUCCGAGUUUCUCAGAGAUGCCGGGAUAUCGAUCGAGACCGAUCUGCCUCCGAGAUUAUUCCAUCUUCCGCCUCUUUCGAUCGAUUCGCGUGCUUCCAACAUUUUGUCAGGGAUGUAACAAAUAUCUUCGCUCUCCUCUCCAAUGUCUCUCGUGGACACUUUUUCCUACUUCUUUCCUAUAUCACCUCCGUAUAUUAUCAGAAUUCUUUCGAUCUCUUCUUUUUCUCCCAAUGAGGGAAGUAACAUUGGCUGGAUCUCGAAAGACGCGGGAACGCAAAGAAUCGAUCGCGAUAGGCGUGAAAAAAAUUUCAGAUCUAAAAAAGGUGCAAAUCGACGAUUGUUUUAUUCAUUUAUAAAACGUACGAUCGAGCGGAAGAUCGACGGUCUCGUGCGUGCGAUUCGAUACAAUAAAGAAGGAAGAGGAGGGGGGGGGGAGAGCGGUCAUUGACGAGAGGAACACGGUGCCCCGAAACAAAUGUGAGAAACGUCGAGCAAUAAGCGAUUUAACUGAAACUUUAAGCUGUGUACUGUUUAAGUUUAAGGAGAUACGGUAAGCGCGAUUAUGCGAGAAAAGAGUUAAAAAGGAAAAAAAAAAGACAAAAAAAAAAAAGAGAAAAAGAAAACGAGAAAAAGAGACGAUAAUCUGUACGCGUAAAGAAAAUAAUUAAGGGGAAGAGAAUUCCGCUCCGAAAUGGGGAUAUAGAGAGCAAGAACCGGUUGUGUAGAAAGGAAAGCGUGAAAAAAUUGGAGCGGAAGAAAUUCGAGGUGUUUAUCCUCUUGCAAACGACAAGUAAUAUUCUUUAGUGAUAUAACUUUAAACAUAUACUUAAUAAUACUGUACCGUAAUAAUUAAUGACGACGACAAAGCUCGCGAGUGAUAUUUAUGACUUAUAAGAAGGUACUUAGAUGAUUAAGGAGAAGAAAAAAAAAAAAAAGAAAAAGAAAUUUGAGAGAGCGAGAGAGAAAGAGCGAAAGAGCGAAAGAGAGAAAAAGAGAGAAAGAGGAUGCAAAAGAGCAAAAGCGAGUGUGUGCAAAAGAGAGUGUGAGAAAAACGAAGCACGCCUUAAAAGAGAUAAAUCGCGAAGUAAGCACGCGCACGCAUGCGCGCGCGCAUGCGCGCGCAUAUACUCUAGCGAAACCAAGCAAGAGGCAAUGAUUUGAUUAAAAACCACGGUGCAACCGAAUUCUAUUUUCCACGGUCUGCGUAUUACGGGACGGUACGCAGUAUCAAGAUAGAAACAUGGGUGCGUACUUAAUGCUAACCUCGAAGACAACCCGAUAUCGGUGUACCCUGUGUAACCCGCAGCUUCCACUUUUUCUUUUCCUCUUCUUUUUCCACCUUCUUUCUCUCUUCUAUCCUCCAUUUCCCUUUGCGGUUGAUCAUAUAUUGCAACAACAUCGGUCCAUCAUUUCCUUCUUUCUUCACACACAGUUUCUCUUUCACAUCCAAUUCUUCUUCGUCUUUCGCUUUUCCUUUUUUUCUUUUUUUUUUUUUUU